AUGUUGCCUACAUACACACUGCUUUGCAUCUUGCUUGCCACCAUCGCCGUGCAAGCCCUACCACAUGCUCCUGCGAACCUGUGGCGCCGCGAUGACGAUGCUCAGAUCUACGAUAUGACCGAUCACUACUCUGCGAGAGCCGGCUGGACCAAUGCGAAUGCAUCGGUGCUCUCGAUACAUGGAGAAGUGCGAUUACCAUGGAUCCGAACGCCAGACGGGGGCAACAACGACUCCGUGUCUGUGUGGGUGCAGAUUGACGGUGAUAGCUGCCUGUCGGAUGCCCUUAUGGCAGGUAUUGACAUGACCCGUGUCAACGACCAGGAUAUGGCCUAUGAAGCGUGGUGGGCUGGCUACCCGAGCCCCGGAAAGACACGUUUCAACCAGACCAUUGAUGGUUGCGACCCAGACAACGACUUUCGCGUCGAUGAAACCGUUCAUCUUAUGGUAGACACAAGCGACGCAGCUGAGAUCCGUCUGAUGGUCAACAACUGCACGCACAGUAUUCUCGCAAAGCCACUCGACGCCGCGCUGUGCAGCAAAGACGCGUCCUGGCAUCUCGGACGAACGGACAAUAAUGGCACGGGUCUCGUUGUCAGUGACAGCAACGAUCUGGAGUUCACCUCAGCGUUUGCCACGUUCGCAUACGAUACCCUGGGAACGGACGGCGCCGGAUCAGUCAACACGACGAAUGGCACUGCAACGGCUACCGUGGGGCUCGACGGUAUAACGCCCGCCGAUAGUCCACACCCCGGUAUGCGUAUUGUCAACCCGGCAUACAGCCACACGAUCACUAAGCAUGACAUUACGGUCUCCUGUGGCUUUGGGUCUGACCCGACAACGGUGACAUGUCACCAGAAGGACGCCGCCGGCGACUCUGGUACCAGCUGA